GAGAUAUGUAGUCUCUCGCCUGUCAUCGGGUUCGCCCUUCGGGUCUACGGCUCACACCCACCCCAAGCUCGGAAUUGGGACAACUGGGUGCGUGCCGGGGUGGGCGGACCUGCUUAUUGCAGAUGUCUGAACGUUUCGUGGUAAUCCGAGGGGAAAACACCUCUGUCUUUCAAUUGCUCCGAGGACCACUGCCAAAGAUACUCCCUUCUGGGAACCGGGGAGGGGGGUCCGCCAUAUUGGUGAAGGCAGACGAAAGCGCCUAGAGCUCCAGGAUGGUUGGCUCUGCCGGCGCAAAUCCGCCAUAUUAUUAAAGAGAAAGGGAAGGUUGACCCUCCUUUGCAACCCUCCUUCCAUACACACCCAUUUUCCCACCCUGCUUUCGCGACUAAGCUUGCUGGGCCUUUCGCUUGCCUCAGUUGUCUAGCCUUUGUCGGAAGAAAGCUUAGCAGCUCAGAACAGGCUUAAGAUAGCACCGAAUGAGGGGUAAAGGGAAAUGCCGACCAAUUGCGCCGCAGCGGGCUGUGCAACUACCUACAACAAGCAUAUUAACAUCAGCUUCCACAGGUUUCCUUUGGAUCCUAAAAGAAGAAAAGAAUGGGUUCGCCUAGUUAGACGCAAAAACUUUGUACCAGGAAAACACACUUUUCUUUGUUCAAAGCACUUUGAAGCCUCCUGUUUUGACCUAACAGGACAAACUCGACGACUUAAAAUGGAUGCUGUUCCAACCAUUUUUGAUUUUUGUACCCAUAUAAAGUCUAUGGUGUUCAUAUCCUUAUUUUCCAUGACAGAUCUUGAUGACACUGUAUGCAAAAGAUACAUGAAGAUGAUUACAAACAUAGUAAUAUUGAGCCUGAUCAUAUGCAUUUCCUUAGCUUUCUGGAUUAUGUCAAUGACUGCUAGCACCUAUUAUGGUAACUUACGGCCUAUUUCUCCUUGGCGUUGGCUAUUUUCAGUUGUUGUUCCUGUUUUGAUUGUCUCUAAUGGCUUUAAAAAGAAAAGCCUAGAUUACAGUGGAGCUUUGGGAGGGCUAGUGGUUGGAUUUAUACUAACGAUUGCAAAUUUCAGCUUUUUUACCUCUUUGCUGAUGUUUUUCCUUUCUUCUUCAAAACUCACAAAAUGGAAAGGAGAAGUAAAGAAGCGUUUAGAUUCAGAAUAUAAGGAAGGAGGGCAGAGGAAUUGGAUCCAGGUGUUCUGUAAUGGAGCUGUGCCUACUGAGCUGGCUCUACUGUACAUGAUAGAAAAUGGCCCCGGGGAAAUGCCAAUUGAUUUUUCUAAGCAGUACACUGCUUCCUGGAUGUGUUUAUCUCUCUUGGCUGCACUGGCCUGCUCUGCUGGAGACACCUGGGCUUCAGAAGUUGGCACAGUACUGAGUAAAAGUCCGCCAAGGCUAAUAACAACCUGGGAGAAAGUUCCAGUGGGAACCAAUGGAGGUGUUACAAUGGUGGGACUUGCCUCAAGUCUCCUUGGUGGUACCUUUGUGGGCAUUGCAUACUUCCUCACACAGUUGGUUUUUGUGAGUGAUUUAGACAUUUCUGCUCCACAAUGGCCCAUUAUUGCAUUUGGAGGUCUAGCUGGAUUGCUAGGAUCAAUUGUGGACUCAUAUUUAGGGGCAACAAUGCAAUUUACUGGUUUGGAUGAAAGCACUGGCAUGGUAGUCAACAACCCUACAAAUAAUGCAAAGCACAUAGCAGGGAAACCCAUUCUUGAUAACAAUGCAGUGAAUCUAUUUUCUUCUGUUCUUAUUGCCCUCUUGCUCCCAACAGCUGCUUGGGGGUUUUGGCCCAGAGAGUGAACUUUAUUUCAUUUCCACUGGUUGAAACUGGUAGCUUAAAGGUGUAUUAUUUAUUAAUAUACUAUAACAUAAUAGAGGACUGCAAAGUGUAUGUGGCCCAAGGCAGCUUUUGAAGAAGACUUCAAGAAGAGACAUCACAUGGGACUACCAGGACAGCACAGACUUGUCACAGAAGUUCAUUCCAUCUUUAGUAUUUUUCCCUUCUUGAGUUAUCUAUGCUUUAUAUCUCUUUCUUGUUUCUAGCUGCUAUAAAUAUAGAAUACUGGCUGCAGAAAUUCUAACUCCACCUCAAUUAGAAAAAGAACUAUUAAAGAGAAAAAUUGUGAAAUGAGAUGUUUUAAACUUUGCACCUGCCUUCGGUAUGAACAGCUGCUGACUAUUAAUGCACAGUGAAUACCCUAGGUCCCAAUCAUUUGAUAUUCCUGAUAUUUUAUCUGAUGUCCCCAGUACCACCACAAUGAGAAUGAACUGCAAGCCACCAAAUCCCAGAUGAAUUGUAUGUGCUUUAAAAGUAAAAACACAGGAAUGAGAAUAUAGCUGUGGUAGAGCACUUGCUCAGCAUGCGUGAAGUUCUGGGUUCGAUCCCCUGUACUUCCAAAAAAAGAAGAAAACAAUUAUGCAGCCUAAUUAUUUAAUCUCCUUAUGGAGUUUUUGUUGCUCUAACUCCCAGUAAGUCCUGAAUAUUUUUAAAAUAUAUGAGUGUUUAAUGUGUUUGUUGAAUUAAGUUGUUAGACUCUAAUCAGUGUUUCUCUUAAGAGUCUCUGAAAGUCAAUAAUUGGAAACAUAUUCCUGGAGGGAAAUAAAAAAUAAAAAAACCAGUUUGGCUAAUUGAA